UCGUUCGCAGUUCGCGGAACGUUCGUGGCCUUCCGGCGGUUCUUUUUGCUUCACGUGUAGGGAAGCGUUUGUUUACUCUCUCACGACCAAUAUGAAAUUAGUAAUAAAGCAUUUAGUUUUACAAUUUCAAUAAUAUUGUUUUUCCAGUUGUUUCAAAUGACAGUGUGAAUUAUCUGUUCAAGCAUUGACCUGUGUAAUUAAUUGUGCAAUGUCUCAAUCAAACAGUGAUGGCGAAACCGAGAAUAUUAAUUGUAAACAAAGAAAAGGUGCAAAAAAGUCAGACAGCCCUUUAGGUAAAGAAGAUAUAAGUGUUGAAUAUAUUUUAAGUUUAUUAAAUGAUUUUGGUGAAUCAGAAGCUCAUCUAACAUUUACAGAAACUGUAUUGAACAACUCUUCUGAACUAAAUGUUGAAAAUACCUCUAACAUUGCGAAUGACACUAAUAGCACACAAAUAAGUGAAGCAAAAGAAAGUACAGAUAAUGUUCUUAAUCAUGAGAAAUGUGAACAAAUAGAAAAUGCAAAUGCUUCAAAGGAAGAGAAAAAAUUGGUUGAACUUGAAGUCAAGCAAGUAGGAGAGUACCGUGACUCUGAUUCUUCUUGGUCUGAAGAUGACGAUUCCUCUUCAAGUUCAAGUUCUGAUUCAGAUUUUCAUUUUGAAUCAGUCCAGCUAAACUCUACACCCAAAGUCAAUUGUGUGAAAACAAAAGGGGAGUUGGAUAUUGAGGAUUUGCCUCCCAUUGAGUAUCUAAAAAUAUCUGUUGACGAAGAAGAUUUGAAAAGAAUUGGUCAAGUUCAUGCAAUUGUUUUCAAACUGGUUGUAAUUCAAGCUGCAAAAGAUGGAAAGCCUCUAGAUAUUGAUUCAGUUUUGUUUUUAGCACCAGAUGAGCCACUUGGGCGAAUUUUUGAAGUUUUUGGACCUGUUAUUGAACCCUUUUAUACAGUGUUAUUUAAUACACCUGAAGAUAUUAUUGAGAAAGGUAUUGAAGUAGGAUCUGAUGUGUUCUAUGCACCACAUAAAGAUGAGAUUACUUCAUAUGUGUUUAUCGACAUGCUUAGACAGCAAAAAGGUUCUGAUGCUUCAUGGAAAGAUAACAAUGAGCCUCCUGAAGAGCAUUUAGAUUAUUCUGAUGAUGAACAGGAAAGAGCAGCUAAAUUGAAGCGAAGAGGCAAAAACAGAGUUCGUGAAUCUGAAGAUGAUGAUGAGGUGCAAGUACUUCCUUAUAAGAUUUCUCCCAAUGAAAAAAGAACAUUCAGUUAUACUUCUUAUACUCGGAGCGACAGCUGUGAAACGCUGAACAAUAGAAAUUCGACUAAUUACCACAGGAACUCAAAUCAAAACAAUAGAAAUUCUGUCCAGAAGAACAGUGGCAGUUUGGAUAAUGUUCCAGUUUGGAUCUCAGCUCCACCUCCCUAUCUAGAACCCAAGCCAUUACCUUCGCAUAGCAAUGCCACAAAUACUACACCCGUGCAAUCAUUUCAACUUAAGCAACCUGCAUCCUUACCGACACAGAACCAUUUACAAUCAUCCAGUGUUCCACGUAAUUCAUCCCAAACACAAUUUAGACCAGGCACACUUUUACUCAAUCCUAAACAGCCUUUUGUGCCUCGCCAACCUCCGAAUCUUAACUCGCAGAGACUAUUAUUGCAGUCACCCAUUCCUCCACCUAAUGGAAACAAUUGUUAUUUCCCUCCAUCUCAAAGACCAUCUCAUCAAAUGAUACAGAAUGCAUCAGGACAAAUAUUGUUCCAAAAUGGCCACAAUAAUGCUCCAAAUCGACACAUCUUUGGCCAAAUAACUCCAGUUGGUAUUAUGUCUCCAGCUCCACCUAUGUCCCCUGCUCCACCAAUGUCUCCAGCUAUUUUUAGCCCUUGUCCUAGUCCAGCUAUGUAUAUUCCACCCAAUGCAUAUUCUCCUUUUCCUUCACCUGCCUUGUCUCCAAAUCCUUAUUGGCGUCCUCAGAAUCAGCAUGCGCCAUCCUUUACGAAUGUCCAGAGUCCACCUCCGACUGCACCUUUGACUAUACAAAUCCCCACAUUUUCAAGUCCACCUCCUAUUGUCAGAUUUUCUGCAGCCAACAAUUAUUCAGUACCUCCUCCUUCGUAUUCUUCCAGAUUUUAAGAGGACUCUUUUUUCUUUUUUUAUCUUUUUGCAUUUGAUGUUAUUAUCUUUGUCAACAUUAUUUGUUGUCAUGUAUAAUGGAUUACUAAAUGAAUUAGAAUUCUUCCAUUGUAUAAAUUUGUUUUGCUUUUCUUGAAUUGUAUAGGAAGCUAUUGUCCAGUAUGAUGUUUUAUACAAAUAAAUGGAUGAUAUGGAAA